CCGCAUUUGCGGGUUUAUCCCCGGUGCUUCCUUUUUCAAAGCCGUCGUUAUCCAGGGCUUGAAAUUUUUAUUGUUGCAAGCUUGUAACAUCUCUCGUCAUGGCUGGUCCAGAGGAGAUGGUGGAUGUGGCUGCAGGCGUGAAGCGGCCUACGACUGCUUCUUCUAUGGAUCUGGACAGUCUGCAGCGGAAGAAGUUCAAGACGGAUGAGCUGCCUUUGUCCGCGGCGCAGCAUUCGGCCAUUGAGCAUUUACUGCACGCGUUCAAGAAGAGGGGUGGGUUUGAUUCUAUAAGGAAGAAGAUAUGGUCUGAAUUCCAUGAUGGGGAAGGGAAGAUUGAGUUUACGAAACUGCUGAUCGAUCUUGCCGAAUCUGAAAUUGAUCGCGAACCCGGUCUUCUUUCUCGCGAACGUGGAAAGGCUGCAACCUUGAUCGAAGGUGCCGUUGAUCGAAGCGAUGUCUACAAAACUGUCGAACAUACCCUUGAUGCGCUAGCCGAGAAACACUUACCCGCUAUCCUUGAUUCCGUGCGCGAUAUCCGCCGCGAUGAAGUGGGCGAGGAGAUCGCCGCGCAGGAGGAAACGGCAGGGAACAAGACCGAUGAGGACUACGCCGCUCAUGUGAAAGCGAAACGCGACGAGCGCGAAAAGGCCUGGCAGGAGGAGCUGCGCAAGCAAAAGGAGAUAGAAGAAGAGGAAGCGCGCAAAAAGGCGGAAGAGGACCGCAAGCGACGUGAGUUGGAACGCCAGAAAGAAGAAGAAGAGAGGGCCAGGAGGAGGGAGCGCGAGGAACAGCGCCGCGAAGAGCAGCGGAAGCUUGACGAGCAGAGAGAAAAGGAACGACAGGAACGCUACGAACGCCGCCGCCGUGAAGAGCGCGACAGAUAUCGCGAUUGGCGCGAUCGAAGCCGAACCCGAGACCGCGAUUCAGAUCGUGAUAGAGAUAGGGAUCGUUACCGUUACCGAGAUCGCUCACCAGGCUAUCGCUCUGACCGCGCCCAUUCCCCACGUUACCGCGACUCGCGCAAAGAGAAAUCGCCCACACCGAAGGAACCUACGCCUGCAGCUGCGCCAGCGGCACCCCCAGUGGACGAGAAGUCGUUGGAGGAGGCGGCGCUACAACUUCUACUAAAGGAGGGAGAAGAAUUGGCAGCCAAGGCGCGACAGAAGCCCGAGUUUGACUUUGAGGAAGCGGAGGCUAUCGAGAAUGGUCUUAAGCCGCCCCCGAAAGGACCCAAGGCUGACUCGAGAUUCUCCAACACUCCGACCAAGGCAGGUAGUCCGGCUGGCGAGGCCGACCCCAAUCGACGACGCGGAUCAACAGCAGACGAUCGCCCCCGGACGAAGAGGCGCGACGAGAGCCGCAGUCGCUCACGACGGAGAUUCUCCUCCCGAUUUGACCGACUGGUCCUUCGCGAUUUCCGAGAUAACAGAUAUGGUGACCGGAGCUAUCGCCCCAGCCGCCGAAGCAGAAGCAGAUCUACUACUCGUAAUCAUGACAGAGACCGAGAUCGUGACCGUGACCGUGACCGUGACCGCGACCAUGACUACCGCCGCGACCGCAGCCGUGAUCGAGACCGAGAUCGCCGGGACCGGGACCGAGACCGGGAUAGAGAUAGGGAUAGAGACCGCGACAGACCUCGAGACCGUGACCGCGAUCGAGACGACUACCGCCGCCGCCGCAGCUACUACUCCCGGUCCCGCUCCCGACCUCGAUACCGUUCCCGCACACGCUCCCGCUCCGUCCACCGUGACCGUGACCGAGACCGCGAUCACAACCGCGACCGCGACAGAGACGUCCGCGAUAGAGACAGAGAUAGAGACAGAGACAGAGACGCCCGCCCCCGCGACACAACCGAACGGGAUCGAGAUCGAGGCCGAGACCGCGACCGAGACCGAGACCAAGCCGACCCCACCCCCAAAGAGGAGAAAUCCCCUCCCCCACCCACCCGCCGCGUAUCCGUAUCCUCACGACGACGAUCCCGCUCGCGCCGACGAUCGCGCAGUCGACGCCGCUCUCCGAGUCUCCUCGACAUCGAUCGCUAUGUGCCGCCUACUAGUCGUCGGAGCCGGUCUCCUCGUCGGAGGGUGCGAUCGCCGGAACGAGCAGAGAAAGAUGAGCGGGAUAGACCGCGCUUUGUUGAGAUUGAUCGGUAUAUUCCUGGUGCUACUGCUGCUGCUGCUACUGCUACUGCUGGUAGUGGUGAACGUGAGCGUGAACGUGAUAGUGAGACUAACGGUAGGGAUAGGGAUAGGGAGAGAGAUAGAGAUAGAGAGAGAGACAGGGAGGGGGAUGAUAGGAGGGCGAGACGGAGGAGUGUGAGUCGGAGGAGUGAUGGGAGGUGAUACACCUUGCGGCUAUGGGAUAUGGCUGGUUUGAUGGGAUGGGUGGAUGGUGGAAGAAAGGGAGGGAUGAUGGAAAUGAAAUAAUCAUUGUAAUAUAGGUAAUGAAUUUCAUGGAUAGACAUUUGUUGCUACUAUGGACUAAAUACUAUUGGGUGGUGCAGAUGUCUCUUCUACAGGCUAUUGAUUUCUGUAGUCAGUCCGUUUCAACAAUACUCGGCUUGAAGUACUGUGCUUGUGCUAGUGCUUUAUAUUACUAUCCAUGAUACUACUAGUCAUCAAUUGCAAGUUCAUUUAGGACCUG